GACACGAUCUUCUACCAUCACAACAAAUGGCUAAGAAGACUCUAACAAACUUUGACUGACAAAACAACCCAAAGAGACUCUAACUAAUCCCAUAUUAAUAGGAUGACUUAUUCUUAACAAAAUAACAUAAAAGACUCAACAAAUUCUAUGUUUUAAGGUUAAUUUGAUGUCGUUAAGAAAAUUCACACGGCUAACAUUGGAGUAUUUUUUUUUUUUUUGCUCCGUUUUGGAAACUAGGGAAUGCAAGUGCUUUAUUGGAAAACAACAAGAUAUUUAAGUGCAAUUUAGCUGAUAAUCAAAACCCCAAACCUUUCCUCUCUCAUUCUCUCAUUCAUGAACCAACGCUGGUCCCCUCAAGAAAAGCUCUGCUUCUGUCUCCUAACCCAAACAAACCCAAAACCCUCCCUCUCCUCUCUCCUCUCAAUCCAAUCCUUCCUCCUCCGCCGCGCUCUCCUCUUCUCCAACCUCCACCUCUUUACCCUCCUCAUCUCCUCUCUCUCCUCCUCCAACCUCCCCCUCUCCCUCCGCCUCUUCGAUCUCCGCACCUCUCAGGACUCCUUCCUCUGCAACUCCAUCCUCCAAUCCCUCGUCCGCCAUCGCCAUUUCAAAGAAUCCAUCUCCCUCUAUCGCGAUCUUCGAAGGCGAGAAUUCUCCCCUGACACCUACACAUUCCCUCCCCUUCUCAAAUCUUGUGUUUUUCUACGAAGGGAAGGGGCUCAGGUUCAUACCCAUGUGAUUAAAUUGGGAUUUUACGAUGACCCAUUUUGUGCUACUGGGUUGGUUGACAUGUACUCGAAGUUUGGGGAAAUGUGUUGCGCACGAAAGGUGUUUGAUGAAAUGCCGAGCAGAAAUCCGGCUUCUUGGACCCCGAUGAUCGUUGGGUAUGCGAUGGUGGGGGAUUUGGACUCUGCGGUUGAGUUUUUUAAGAGAAUGCCUGAGAAGGAUAUUGUGGCGAUUAAUGCUAUGAUUGAUGGUUUUGUUAGGUUUGGGGAUUUGGAUUCUGCGAGGAAACUGUUCGAUGGAAUGAGUGAAAGAAGUGUGGUUUCUUGGACUAGUUUGAUAUCCGGGUAUUCUAAGGUUGGAGAUAUGGAGGCAGCGAGAGUGUUGUUUGAGGAAAUGCCGGUGAAGAAUUUGUUCACUUGGAAUGCGAUGAUAGGUGGGUAUUGUAAGAAUAACCAGCCGCAACGAGCAUUGGAGUUGUUCCGUGAGCUUCAAUCAGCUGCAUGCCCAUUUCAUCCAGAUGAUGUGACUGUUGUUAGCAUUUUGCCCGCAAUUUCAUCAACUGGCAUGAUCGAUUUGGGCCGAUGGAUUCACAGAUAUGCUCGAAAGAGUGGGCUUGAUAAGAAAACCAAUGUAGCAACUGCGCUAAUGGACAUGUACUUCAAAUGUGGUGAUAUCCAAGAAGCGAGGCGAGUGUUUGACUCAAUUGGAGCCAAGGAGAUUGCUUCUUGGAAUGUGAUGAUCAACGGACUUGCUGUCAAUGGCCAGGCGACAGAGGCACUGGAUGUGUUCUCGGAUAUGACUUCAUUUGGUGAGCGACCAAAUGAGAUAACAAUGAUAGGCGUCCUGUCAGCCUGUGCACAUGGCGGCCUCAUAAAAGAAGGUCGAGAAUGGUUUAACAAGAUGAAUGAAUUUGGAAUCCAAUGUAGGAUCAAUCACUAUGGAUGCAUGAUAGACCUCCUAGGCCGAGGAGGGUAUCUAGACGAAGCUGAGAGGCUCAUUGAAGAAAUGCCAUACUCUCCUAAUGGAAUUAUCUUGAGUUCAUUGUUGUUUGCGUGUGUUUGUUAUAAAGAUAUCGAUAGGGCAGAGCAGGUGAUGAAGAUGAUUGAGAGGGUUGAGCCGGGAAAUGUGAGGAACUAUGUCAUGAUGAGGAAUUUGUAUGCAGAGGAGAAGAGAUGGAUUGAUGUGGAGAGGGUGAAGGAGGUGAUUAGGAGUUGUGGAGGGAAGAAUGAGGCAGGGUGUAGUGUUAUUGAGAUUGGAAGAAGAGUUUGGGAGUUUGUUUCAGGGGAUAAAGUUCAUCCUGAGUGGGAAAUUAUAUGUGGGAUUCUUGGGGAAUUGAAGUUGCAUAUGAAAGGAGUGGGAACGGAUAGGGAGUGUGAGAUUGAAUUGAUUGGUUGAAGAGGGAGAGUAUAUUGGCACUUGUUGCUCAAUCAGUUGGCGAGAUUUUUUGUAGGUAAUUUAAUUAGUAGUAGAUGGCUUCUCUAAUGCAUUGUACACUGUUCAGGUUUUUGUAAGACUGAAGGGCUUGAAGGCAUGACCUUGUCCUAAUAUCUCAGGAUGAAGGUUUUGUCGUGUGUUUGUUGGAUUCAAAUUAUCCCUAAUUAGGUGGUAAUUGAAAGGAUGAAACUAGAUCUGGUCACA